AUGAGCCAAGAAGAUUUAUCAAAUAUUAGUAGCAAUAAUGGUAGUAUAAAUGGCUGUACAACAACAAAUAAUGGUGAAAAAGGGGUAGAUAAUUUAGAACACAUCGUUCAACAAUGUCAAGAAAAGAUCGAAAAUAAUAACAACAAUAACAUCAGCAAUGUUUUUGGUCAAGAUUGUGGUGAAAUAGAUGAAAUUAUUAAAGAGAAGCUCGAAAAAAUUACAAAUAAAAAUAAAGAAGAAAAAGAAGAGGAAAUGAAACUAGAGGAAAAGGAGGCUAAUUAUAUUAAUGGUAACGAAUUGAACGAAAAUCAGCAGGAGCCAUCAUUAUCUUCUUCAACAACUACAUCAUCACCACCUUCAGAGAAUCAAGACUCAUUAAAAUCUGAUGAGGCCCCAAAAAGAGAAUUGCAUAAUAAUGAUAUUAAAACGAAUAAUUAUGAUAUUAAUAAUAAUAAUGCUAAUAGCAAUGAUAAUAAUAAUAAUAAUAUUGAUAUUAAUAAUGAUGUUAAUAGUAAUAAUAAUGAUACUAAUAAUAAUAAUGAUAUCAAUUUAAAUGAUAAUAUAAAUAGUAAUAGUAAUAAUAAUAAUAAUAAUAAUAAUUGUAAUAUAAAAGAUGAUAGUUAUAAAUUAUUUAAUUUUACAAUUAAUGUUACACCAAAAAUUCAUUUACCAAAAAAUAAAUCAUUAACAAUCGAAAAUUUACAAAGUAAAACUCAUCAAAUAAACAGACAAAAAUAUAGUAGAAGAACUUUAUUCUUAUCAAAACGUUAUAAAAGUAUUAAAGGAGGGGGUGCAUUAAAAAGAGAUGAAGCAACAACAUUUGGGGGAUCAAGAUUAUUUGAAAGUUUAUUUUCUAGCGGUGCAAGUUGUUCAAAAAUAUUAAGAGACUCUGUCAGAGUAGAUUCAAAAGUUCCAAACGAUACAAUUGAAAGACUAGAGUCAACACAGGAUCGUAGCCAAAUAGAAUUACAGCCAUUAAUUAUAGAGGAUGAGGAUUUAGAGUCUAGCAGUGAUGAAGAGAAAUCCUAUUCAAAGAGUUUACGUGAAAGAAAGACCUUGGAGGAAUUAGAAAAGGGUAUCAAUAGACAAUUGCGUGACAAAAUUGACCAACUCAAUAUGAAUAAGCAGUUUUUCGAGAGUAAUUUAGGAAGAAAGAGGGUGACAUUAACAAAAGAGCAACAAGAGGAACAACAAUUUUUGGAAUCAAAUCUCUUUCAAAACACUCCAAUACCAAAGGAAUAUGAUAGCAAAGAAUGUAACGAUGGACCAUACGAUUUACUCUAUUACACUAUUCAUCCAUUGCGUGGUUUAGAUAAACGUAUCGAUAGUACACUAACAAAAAGUGGUAAAAGAAAAACUUUAGAAGACCAAUUAAAAGAAAGCGGUGUAGAGACUCCAUCAUUUAAAGUCAUUGAAGAUUUCCAACCUUAUAAUGUAGAUAUUGGAAGAAGAUUUUUUUCAAUAUAUAAAUCUGGUGCAUUAUUAUCGCAUAUUUCACAUAAUCCAAAUGCUCAAUCUUUAAUCGGACGUCACCAAAAUCAUCAUCUUCGUAACAAUAACAAUAGAUCCAAUAGAAACUACAUUAAUUCUCCACAAAGCACUCCAAAUUUAAAACAAUCAUCGGUUUUCAAUUCAAGACCAAUUCCACUUACACCAUUACAAUCAUCAACUAGCAAUUCAAAUAUCAAUGUAAUUUCACUUUGGAAUAAAGUAAAUAGAUUAUUUCACCCAACACAUUGGUCACGUGAAGAGAUUAUGAUAUUUGAUGAAAUGAUUUAUAUUUAUGGUUUUGAUUGGACCGAAAUUGCAAGAAUACUUUGUGGAAUAAAAUCACCAAUUCAAAUGUAUAAAUUUUAUUCAAAGCAACAACAACAACAACAACAGCAAUUAAAGCCAUUGGAUGAACAACAAAUAUUAAUUUUAAAUCACGAGAAAGAGUUUUAUGAUGAUUGGAAUAGAAUUUGUUUUUCAUGUUUUUUAGAAAAUUGUUGCAAUAAGAAAGUUCCAUCAAGAAAUUUAGAAAAAUUAAGAAAAGAAUCAAUUUAUGAAUCAUUUGUAACUUGUGAUGCUUGUGAAUGUGCUUUCCAUUUAGAAUGUGCCGAUCCACCUUUAACAAAAAUUCCAGAAUCUUGGUAUUGCUCAAAUGAAUGCAGUUUAUUUUCAAAAUUGAAAUGUGAAAUUUGUAUAAAAGAAGAGAGGGUUGAAUCAAUGGCAUUAUGUUUAACAUGUAAUAAAGGAUAUCAUAUUUUUUGUUUGGAUCCACCACUCAAAGAGGUUCCAAUUAAUGAUUGGGAUUGCAUUUCAUGUUCAAAAGCUAAAAUUCAAGAUCAAUCAAAUAGAAUGUCACUUUUACAAGAAUUACCAAAAUUAGAAAGAUUUAAUACAAAUAUUUUUGAAAGUCAAAACAAUAAUGAUGAUAAUAGCACAAUCGAAAAUAAUAAUGAUUUACUUUACAAUAGCAGUAUUACUUUUGACCAAUCAUCUGCAUCAAACACACCAAAUUUAUCAAUACCAAUUUCAAGUGAUGCUAUAUUUAAAGAAAAAGAGGUACCAAGUCAAAUACCGAAACAAGAACAACCACAACAAGAGCAAUCACAACAGCCACAACAAGAACAAUCACAACAAGAGCAACUACAUCAGGAACAAUUACAACAAGAACCAAAAGAAUUAGAACAAGAUAAGGAAACAAUAAACAAAUCACAACCAAUACAGGAGCAAGCAAAGGAUCAGUUGAAAGAUAAAAUAAUUGAAGAUAUUAUUAAAUCACCAUUAUUAAUUAGUGAAAGUAUGACUACAACUCCAAUCAUUAAAAAUACUGGCAUUGUUACAAGAUCAAAUAAAAAUGAAGUUAAUAUUUCAUCAGAUUCGAUUGUAGAGCCAACUACACCAACUAUUAAAUUCUCAUCAAAUAAUAUUCCUCAAUCACCAAGUGCUUUGGGAUCACCAACAUUCUUUAGAAGAUCAAUUAAUUCUCCUUUAUUUAAUUCAUCCACACUUUUAUCCUCCUCCUCCUCAAGCAAUUUGUUGGCAUUUUCAACCAAUAGUAUCGCACCUACUUCAACUUCAUUAAAUUCAAUUGUACAUAUUUCAGGUUGCCCACAUGGCCAUAGCUGUAGUGAGGUGGUUAGUAAUGAUCCAUUACCAUCAAAUGAUACACAAGAUAGUAAUUUGAUCCAUGCUAGAUAUAUUGCAAAAGAAGGUCAUAAAUUAGCAUCAUCAUCAACACCAAAAUCAUUCAUUACAUUAAAGAAGCUUAGCGAGGUAUGUUUAGGUUGUUUGGUCCAAGCUGGUUUAUUCGAAGAUUCACCAUUCAUUAAUACUCAAGAGGUAUAUGACUAUGUAGAUACCAUCCAAGGUGAUGUAACCGAAGAGGAAAUGGAGGUUGAAUCAAUCUUCUCUAGAAGAAUCGAUAUAAUUUUAUCAUCUGUUUUAUUUGCAACACAAUCAAUGAUCGAGGAUCCAGUAUUAUCAAACCAAGAAGAAUUUGAACAACAACAAGAAGAACAAAUUUUAGAAUUAGAGAAUAUAAAGAAGCAAUUAAGAGAGCAAAUUAAAUUACAGGAAAAACAAAAACGUGGUCAUAAAAAUCCAAGAAAAGAAAAAGAUAGGGACGUUUCAUCAUCAUCAUCACCAUUAUCACCAUCACAACAUCAACCAAUAGAGUCCUCAAUGAAUACACCAUUAAUUUCAAGUGAUACUUUAGCUACCAAUAGUACUUCCGGAACUCCAGUUUUAACCCCAACACCUAUUAUUGCUAAAAGAGCAUAUAAAAAAAGAUUACCAAAGGUAUCAUCAUCACCAACUCCAGCUGUUCCUAAUAUUACACAGUCAACAACUCCUCACAUUGCCUCAGAUGACCCAUCCAGUAUCAAUGCUACAACAAUUUCCACAUUAAUUAAAGAUUUAAAUAGUUCCUCCAAUGUAAAUAUGAAUGUUGUGAAAGAGUCAGCAUUUUUAAAUCCAACCACUACAACUUCUACUACGACCAUUUCAUCCCCAGCCAAAGAAUCAACACCAACUAAAAAAAGAACAUUUGAAGAGUCACAGAAAAACUAUCUACCUGUACCUAUGCCACCACCAUUGAGCGACGAAAUUAAAGCCUCACUCGAAAGUGAAGUAUUAAGUAUUUCAACAUAUUACGAUAUUGUGGGUAAAUAUAUAACAGCUCCAUUGAUUGAAGAUAAGCCUUUAAAAAGAUACAAGAGAUCAAAGAAGUUUAGCACAAAGAGUAAAACAAAUUCUGAGGAUAGUGGUUUAGAUGCAUCAAUUUUAUCUAGUCUUAAUACUGUAUUAUCUCAGAAUCAACAAUUACACCAACAACAAAUAAUACAACCAAAACCACAGUUACAGCAAACAAUUCAACAACACUUACAAACUGCUCAGCAACUAACACCAACACCAUUACAACAAGCAUUUUCAAACUCUAGCAAUUCAACAGCUGUGAUAAAUACCCCAAUUCAAACUGCCAUUCCAACCUUACAAUCACUUACAGGUCAAUUUACAAGCUCAAACCAACCAAAUCCAGUAUCAAGAAAUUCACUACCACCAUAUUUAAAUAUAUCAUCUGUUAUUUCAAGCAUCCUUCCAUUUUUACCCCCAUCAAUAUCAGAAGGUAAUACUGCGUCAAUUCCUUUACUCCUUCCAACACAACCUAAAAAAGAACAAGCUACCAAAAAACCACCUAAAGCCCCAAGAAAGAAAAAGAAUGAACAACCAAUACAAAAUAAUAGUUCAUACCUGAUUACAACAUCUACUACUUUAAACCAAUCAAAUGUUGAAAACAAUAUGGGUAAUACAGUUAAUGAAAAUGCCCCGGUUUUAGGUGAGUCAAGAUCAUUGUUAACCAGUGCAUCAGUUUCAGUCCCAAUCCCAACCCCAAUUCCAACCCCAAUCCCAAGUAAUACUACCAAUAAUAUAGCUGGUAAUAGUAUGGUUGGCAUCAGUAUGAUAAAUAAUAUAGUUGAUAAUGUCUUUAAGAGUAAUAAUAUAAAUAAUGUUAAUGUUAUUAAUAAUACAAUGGAUAAUAGUAAUAUUAGUAUUAAUAAUAGUAAUAAUAGUGUUAAUAAUAGUAUCAAUAAUAAUAAUAUUAAUAAUGGUGUUUAUUGUAAUAAUGUUACUCAAUUACCUUUAAAUGAUAGCGUUUCAAUUGAAGGUUUUAAAUCAAAUAAAACCAAAGAUUCAAUUGGUGUUGCAAGAGGUAGAAGAGAAAGAUUAUCAAAUACAGAUACAUCAAAUACAAGUCGUUGGUGGAUAUUUUCAGGUAAUCCAAAGAUUAAGCAAGAAUUAAAUAAAAUGGAGCCAAAUCUCGAAUUGGAUUGGGUAGUGAGACAACAUUCAGAUAACAUUAGAAAGGAUGAUAAAGUUUUCAUUUGGAUUUGUGGUAAGUUUGCAGGUAUUUCAGCAACUGGAGUAAUUUUAAAUGAUCCAGAACGUGUAUCUGUUGAUAGCUGUAUAGAGCCAACACUUUACCAAUCCAGCAAACCAAACCAACAUCACACACUCCGUGUUCGUGUCGAAAAAACUCUCCCAGCUCUUUUACCAAAGAAAUAUCUUGUUGAUAAGCCAGAAUUAUCAAAUAUGACAGUCAUUCGUGCACCUUUAGCAACAAACUUUUGGGUUAACGAUAACGAAGCUGACACACUUUUCAAUAUUGUGGAAGGUCUUAUAAAUGGUACAUUGGAGAUUCCAAGUCAUUACUAUGAACAACCAAACCCAAUCCCAGGCAAAAAAGGAAGAAAACCAGGCUCAACAAAUAAAUCAACUAAUAUUGAUACCAAUCUUAAUGCAGGGGAUGAUGACGAGCAAAUAGGAGAGGGCGAUGAAGAAGGAGGUAAAAAGAGAAGAAGGAGAAGAAAGAACUCUUUAGCAGAAAACUCUGAAAACUGUACAGUAGAAAAUAUAAAUCAAAGAAAUUGUUCAGAGUGUAAUAGUUUAGAUGAAAAAGAAAAUAUGAUCACUUGCGAUACAUGUUGUUCUUAUUAUCACCCAAAUUGUUUUUCUGAACCAAUCGAUAAAAGCAUUUACUCAUAUUGGAUCUGUUUCCGUUGUUGUAUGAAUGACGAGCAAAUUUUAAAUUGUAAAUUGGUUAUUGGCUGGUUAGAAAUCAAAUCAAAAAUUAAAAAGCUAUUAUUCAAAAAAUGUGAAUCAUUUUCAUUUAAUUUUAGAAAAAGUUUAAAUAUAAAUAAUAGGGGAAAUAUUUUAAACAAAUUGUUAAAUUUCUCUAUUCAAAUAAAUAGUUAUAGAAAUCAAUUAACUAGAUUAGUUAAUCAAAGAUACUAUACAUGGUACAGCUCGUUAAAUAGUUCAAAUCAAUAUCAAUUAUGUAAUAGUUUAGCAUCAUCAACAGCAAAUCAUAAUCCAUCAGAUGGUGGUGUUCCAGCAAGCUUUAAUGCUUUUGAGUUAGAUAGCAAGUUAUUAAGAACAAGACCAAAGAGAAAAGAUUCAACAUUAACCACUUAAAUAGGUUAAUGAAUUAUAAUUAAUUUUUUUUUUAAUAAAAGUUUUAUAUAAAUAUAUAUAAAUUAUUUACUUUAUUACCUUAUUUAAAUUUAAUAAUUGGUAAUAAUUUAAUU